AUGGCGGCGGCCCCGGCGGAGGCCGAGACCCGGCAGCGGCUGCUGCGCACCGUCAAGAAGGAGGUGAAGCAGAUCAUGGAGGAGGCGGUGACGAGGAAGUUCGUGCAUGAGGACAGCAGCCACAUCAUCUCCUUCUGCGCUGCUGUGGAAGCCUGUGUCUUGUACGGCUUGAAGCGGAGGGCGGCAGGGUUCCUGCGCAGCAACAAGAUAGCAGCUCUGUUCAUGAAGGUGGGCAAGAGCUUUCCUCUGGCAGAGGAGCUUUGCAAGAAGGUGCAGGACCUGGAGCAGCUCAUCGAGAACGCACGAAAUCAAGUUCAGAGCAUCCCAGAGAACGUGCGCAAGAUGCCGAAGCUGCCCAACCUGUCUCCUCAGGCCAUCAAACACCUCUGGAUCCGCACAGCCCUCUUUGAAAAGGUCUUGGAUAAAAUCGUGCAUUACUUAGUAGAGAACAGCAGUAAGUACUAUGAGAAAGAAGCUCUCCUGAUGGAUCCUGUGGAUGGACCAAUUCUCGCAUCUUUAUUGGUGGGUCCCUGUGCACUGGAGUACACCAAGAUGAAGACAGCCGACCACUUCUGGACAGACCCCUCAGCCGACGAGCUGGUUCAGAGGCACCGGAUCCACAGCUCGCACUGCCGGCAGGACUCGCCCACCAAGCGCCCGGCGCUCUGUAUUCAGAAAAGGCAUUCGAGCGGCAGUAUGGAUGACCGGCCAUCGCUGUCUGCCAGGGACUACGUGGAGUCGCUGCACCAGAAUUCCCGGGCCACGCUCUUGUAUGGCAAAAACAAUGUCCUGGUGCAGCCACGAGACGACAUGGAGGCGAUCCCAGGAUACCUGUCCCUUCACCAGACUGCCGACAUCAUGGCGCUGAAGUGGACUCCCAACCAGCUGAUGAAUGGCUCCGUGGGGGAUCUGGACUAUGAGAAGAGCGUGUACUGGGACUAUGCCAUGACUAUUCGCCUGGAGGAGAUCGUCUAUUUGCACUGCCACCAGCAAGUAGACAGCGGUGGAACGGUUGUCUUGGUGAGCCAGGAUGGGAUCCAGAGGCCUCCGCUGCGGUUCCCCAAAGGAGGGCACUUGCUGCAGUUCCUGUCCUGCCUGGAGAACGGCCUCCUGCCCCAUGGGCAGCUGGACCCACCCCUCUGGUCACAACGGGGAAAGGGGAAGGUGUUUCCCAAGCUGAGGAAGCGAAGUCCCCAGGGUUCCUCCGAGUCUGCAUCCGACAAGGAAGAUGACGAAGCCACAGAUUAUGUUUUCAGAAUAAUCUACCCAGGGACGCAGUCUGAAUUCGUGCCCCAGGACCUGAUGGACGCGCAGGGUGCUGGCCUGCCUCCCAUGUGGCAACCCAACACCCGCAAGUCCUCCUGCUCCUCCUGCUCUCAGAGCGGUUCCUCUGAUGGCGGGCCAUCCAACGGCUGCAGCCACGAAAGAGCUCCACUGAAGCUCCUGUGUGACAAUAUGAAGUACCAGAUCCUCUCCCGGGCUUUCUAUGGCUGGCUGGCCUAUUGCAGACACCUCUCCACGGUGCGAACCCACCUCUCGGCCCUGGUUAACCACAACAUCGUGUCUCCUGAUGUGCCCUGCAAUGCUAGCUCGGGCCUGACUGUGGACAUAUGGCAGAAGUACCUGGAGGACAGCACGAGCUAUGAGGACCAGGAGCUGCUGCGGCUGAUCUACUAUGGUGGGAUCCAGCACGAGAUCAGGAAGGCUGUCUGGCCCUUCCUUUUGGGCCACUACCAGUUUGGGAUGACAGAAGCAGAAAGGGAAAGAGGUCGACCUCGUGUCUCAACGCUGCAGGCCGACGACCAGAUCCGCACCUGCUACGAGCACACCAUGGCGGAGUGGCUGGGCUGCGAGGCCAUCGUCCGGCAGAGGGAGAAGGAAUCGCACGCGGCAGCCCUGGCCAAGUGCUCCUCUGGGGCCAGUCUGGACUCCCACAUUCAGAGGAUGAUGCACAGAGAUUCGACCAUCAGCAACGAGUCUUCGCAGAGCUGCAGCUCCGGCCGACAGAAUCACGCCCGGCUGCAGAGCGACUCCAGCUCCAGCACGCAGGUGUUUGAAUCGGUGGAUGAGGUGGAACAGACUGAAGCAGAUGCUCAGCUGGAAGAUGGAAAACAAAGCAAGAUCCCCAAUGGGAACGUUCCCAAUGGCACGUGUUCGCCUGAUUCUGGCCAUCCCUCUUCCCAGAACUUCUCCAUCGCGUCGGGAUUCUCGGAGCGCAGCUUCAGCAACGAGGACAGCGCCCUGGAAACCAACAAGUCCUCAGCCAGCUCGCAAGGGAAGGCUGGUGGGUCCGACGCGACAGCCCCGCAGGACCUGGAUGGGGCUGCGCAGGAGGAAAAGCUGCAGGGUCAGGACAGCCUGGAAGGUGAAUUUCCUACCGGUGGAAGCCUGGACUUCGUUCCUGUCGGGGAGAGCUCAGCAGGGGUCCUGCGUGGGCGUGACGCUGUGGCCCUGACGGUGGUAGAGAGCUGGGCAGACAGUGAGGCUGAAAAGCAAAGCUUGGUGGAGAGCGAAGAUAACCUCUCUGAGGAGCCAGAGAUGGAAAGCUUGUACCCGCAGCUGGAUUCCCUGGCUGUGGCGGAUCUGGCCAACAGCGAAGCAUCUCCUGUCUCCUCAACGGGUGUCACCUACUCUCCAGAGCUACUGGACAUGUACACAGUGAACCUGCACCGCAUUGAGAAGGACGUGCAGCGAUGCGACCGCAACUACUGGUACUUCACCCCCGCCAACCUGGAGAAGCUGCGCAACAUCAUGUGCAGCUACAUCUGGCAGCACAUCGAGAUUGGCUACGUGCAGGGGAUGUGUGACCUGCUGGCCCCUCUCCUGGUCAUCCUGGACGAUGAGGCUCUGGCUUUCAGCUGUUUCACUGAGCUCAUGAAAAGGAUGAAUCAGAAUUUCCCCCACGGGGGGGCCAUGGACACCCACUUUGCUAACAUGAGAUCCCUGAUCCAGAUUCUGGACUCUGAGCUCUUCGAGCUGAUGCACCAGAAUGGUGAUUACACUCAUUUCUACUUCUGCUACCGAUGGUUUCUCCUCGACUUCAAGAGAGAGCUGGUGUACGAUGAUGUGUUUGCCGUCUGGGAGACCAUCUGGGCAGCUGCACACGUUUCCUCCACACACUAUGUGCUCUUCAUAGCCCUGGCUUUGGUGGAAAUGUACCGGGACAUAAUCUUGGAGAACAACAUGGAUUUUACAGACAUCAUCAAAUUUUUCAAUGAAAUGGCCGAGCGGCACAACACCAAGCAGAUCCUGAAGCUGGCUCGGGACCUUGUGUACAAAGUCCAGACUUUGAUCGAGAACAAGUGAAGGACGUGGAGAAGACGAGGCAUCCAGACAAAGAGCCGGGACUCCCCUUCAAUGCUUCCUCUCCCUCUCCUUUUUCGUGACGUGCCACGCCUGUGGAAGGAAGGUAGUUGGACACAUGCUGCUGUCUAAGCCGGGGGUAGCCCCAGCUCUCCCAGUGCUGUGUGCAGUGUUAGGUCUGGGGGCCCUGGCUCAGAUCUUCGCAGCAUUCUCCAGUGACUUAACCAAAGAUCUGUACAAUCGCAUUUUAUUGCUAAAGACUUCUUUGGAAGCAGGACCAGGCAGUCGCUUCCUUGCCUCGCCGCAGCAGAGGUGCGGCACGUGGGUUAGCACCGCGGCUGCAGGGGCAGCUGCCAGCAUCCCAGGUCAGAGCUGGGGGUCUGGGAGAGCUGGGCUGCCAGCCCCCCGGGGCUGACGGGCUCUACAGCCUUUGUUGGGAGGAAAUCGAGCUGCUUCCUUCGACAGCCCUUACCGUGGCACGGGGAAGCUGGCCAGCCCUGCAAGCCCAGGCAGGACAGGGAUGCUGCCAGUACUCAGUUUCUUACAAUCGUUAUGAGGCUCUGCCAGUAACAGAGGGACUUCGAUCACAGGAAUUCCUCUUCUUUUGACCUUGUCCCUUGAUGCAUAGCAUUUCCUUUAGUGUUUUUAGGGCUCCGUUCUCUCCCUGGGAUUUUUACCUUGUUUGUUACUACAAUAUCUGAGCACACAGGAGUUUUGUCUGGGGAUGGAUUUUCGGAAGAGCUCCAAAGUCAGCAUUGGGUUUCUCUUCCAAAAUCCAGCCUCUGUAACACACUCUGAACACUGAAAAAUCUGGUCCUAGCCUCAUCUGGGAGCUCUAGACCUGAGGUUUUUGUACCUGCCUUACUCUAGCUGCUUGUGUUAGCAGUCUGGUCCCGUGAUCGUUCUUCUGCAACCCAUGUUAGGGGAGAGCUCCGUGGAAGGCACGUCAGAGCUCCUGACUUAAGUGACUGUCCUGACUUUUCCCUCGGAAGGUGCCUGUCUCUUCCUCUGUUAAUCAAAAGACCAGCUGCUUACAUCUAACCAGUGCAAACAAUCCCCUUGGUGCCUGCAGGUUUUCUGUGUGCUUAUGGGGCUGGUUGCAAAGCCCUCUAAGUCCACUGAAAGUCUCCGGUUAGGUCCUGGUGGGCUGCUUUCACCUGUGAAGGACCAAAUAGGCCAAGGUCCCUGAGUGGUCUUUGCUUUUGGAAGAUGCACUUCUGUGGCCACCUUUCCUGCAGUGGCUCUCCAGCAUCGCACCCCUGGAGCACGCUGCAUGAAGUGCCUCUCCAGCACUACCAGCGUGAGAGCUGAGCUUCUGUGCCGUGCCGUGGCUGUGUUUACGGAGGGUUUGGAUUCAUUUCUCAACUCAGGUAAAAAAAAAAAUAAAAUUAAAAAAAAAAGGAAAAGGAGAAGUGUAGGUUAUUGGCAGGCCGAGUUCAGCCAGAGGGAGAUUUGCCAUGGCCACAGAAAGCUGCCGUGAAGGUGUGCUUUCAGCAGCAGGGAAGAUGCUAGGCUGUAGCUCUCUAUAAGGGUACUUCUCUCAAGUUUUGCUGCAAAAAUCUGUGUUCCCCCUCCAUGUAAUGUGUGACGCGUGUGUGCUGUCCUCCUCCCCUCUGCAAGGUAAGGACCUCCUGCUCUUCUCUCGCUGAUGGAGCGCUGCUUGCCAGCAGGGAAGAGGGGCCCUUCCCUUCCGUGGGACAUCUGUGCUGGUGUACUCUGUAUUUACUUGUGGCGUGUGUUAGAUGUUGCUUGAACAGAAAGGAUGUACAAGGUUGCAGAAGAGAAAACUUGCUUCAGAGACGUUCUGCAGUUGUGGUGAAGCAGUUUAAGUCAGCUACUCUUUCUGCAACGCUGGGACACAGAGCUCCCAGCUAUGAAAAGCAGGGAACAGUGCAUGCCAACCUCUGCAGGGAAGAGGACUGCAGCAGGGGGUGAGAGUGAUGGGGAGAGCCUUUCAUUUCUUAUAAAGCCAACAAGGAAAAGGUACUACCGACAGUCUAGGUAGGAAAUUAUUUGAAGAAGUUUUUUGCUUGAAACCUCCAAAGAGUGCUUGGUGUGCAGUCUGUGGUAGCACAGGAAACAAAAGCAGUUGAGCUUUGAAUCUGCAAGUUUCCGUGGGAUUCUCUCAUUUUUCCAUAAAGCAGGAAGCUCGUGCACUCCCUACCAGCCUGUUCCGGCUCUGUCUAGGUCUUGGGACAGGCAAGCAUCUGCCUGCGUAACCUCUUCCAAAGGGGAAGGGAAAGUGCUCUGCCCUUCCCUCUCUGAGGGACGAGAACCAAUGGGUUAACUGAAACACACAGUCCUAACAAGCAACAUCGCUGACACUUUUAUCUUUCAGGCUUCUGUUUUUCUUUUCUUGGUUUUUAAACAAAAACAGCCAAGAAAAUCUGCACAAUAUUUGCUGUCUGUAUUAACUGAGAGUGUCUUUGGGCCGCUCAAUAGCAGUGUUUUUUGAAUAACUUCUGGGGGGAAAAAGUAUUUAUUUAUUGAUUGUAC